AUGAACGGAACAACCGAGUUGACAUGCACUCUUUUUGACGCGAAAGGGGCGAUCGAGAUGCCUGAGACCCGCCUGACCAAAGCCAAUAUCGCUCGCCAGUACGAUGUCGACGGGCGAGACCUGCGAACGGUAGAUGCAGUAUCAGAGGGAAUCCCCCAUUUCGUCGUUCGACCAACGACAAUCUUUAUCAGCCUUUUUUCUUUGAGACUUUUGAUUCAAUCGGAUCGAGCACUCUUGAUCAGAUGUGGCUCCAAGGACGGCGACCCCCAUGCCUUCCUCGAGGAGAUCUUUGUCACAGAUCUUCAGAGUAAAAUGUGCGGCAAUCAUCGUUCUGGGUUCCCGAUUUCACUUCCAUAUGAACUUCGCGUCUUCGAGGCAGCAUUAGCAUCCGUGACUGCACACUUAGAGGCAGAGCACUCGCUCAUCCGCAAGGAUAUCGAGUACAGCCUGAAAGAUCUACAAAGCGAAGACAUCACUUCAACCGGACCGAGGACGUUACUAGAGAACGGGAAAAAGCUCGUCAAUAUCGAACAACGCGCUCGACAGAUGCGUACCGCACUGCAAGAAUUGCUAAGCAACGACGAAGAUCUCGCCGAAAUGUACCUCACCGACCAAAAGGCCGGCCGACCCCAUGCCAUCGAAGACCAUCAAGAAGUCGAGUACCUACUCGAAGCAUAUUAUAAAAGUCACGACGCGAUUGUUGAAUCCGCAGGGGCCUUGUUGAGUGAAGUACACCGUACACAAGAUGCAAUCUUGUCUGUUCUCGAUGUGCGACGCAAUCAGAUUAUGGUCUUUGAGGCGCAACUUGAGAUUUGCAUGUUGGGAUUUGCGGUUUCAACAUUCGUUGCAGGCUUGUAUGGCAUGAAUGUGAUCAAUUAUCUGGAAGAUUAUCCUUAUGCGUUCCCGUCCCUGGUAGCGGGAUGCGUGAUGGGGACGCUGAUACUCGCACGGAUCGGGAUGUCGAAGCUGCAGAAGUUCCGAAGAUAUCGGCUGUGA